AUUUAUGUUAGCCUAUGGAGCUGAAACGUGACAGGGAUCUGAAACGGAAGAGGGUAAGGUCUGUUUGGAGCAAGGAAUGGCUGAUGAAGACGGGGACUCUCUCUCACAUGUCGCUCCUGACCGAGAUUAGGGAUAAUCCUGAAGAUUAUCGCAACUACUGUAGCUUCGAAUGGAUGACGAUACCUUCCAGGAGUUGCUGGGCCUUGACUCCCUACAUCGAGAGGCAGGACACCAAGAUGCGGAGGGCCAUCCCUGCAGAGGAGAGGCUGACUGCUACGCUGAGGUUCCUGGCUACAGGGCGGUCAUUGGAGGACCUGAAGUUCGGGACACUCAUCAGCCCCCAGGCUUUGGGUCGGAUAAUCCCUGACACCUGCAAGGCCAUUGUGAAGGUGCUGCAGGACCAGUAUUUGAAGCUUCCUGCAAGUACAUCUGAAUGGCAAGCCAUGACAGAGGAGUUUGCCACUACCUGGCAAUUUCCUAACUGUGGGGGAGCGAUAGAUGGCAAACACGUCCGCAUCAACCCUCCCGCAAACAGCGGAUCCCUUUAUUAUAAUUAUAAAGGGUAUUUCAGCAUCGUGCUGAUGGAAGUGGUGAAUGCCAACUAUGAAUUAAUCUUCAUUGACGUUGGCAAAAACGGACGUGCAUCAGACGGUGGGUCGCUGAAGAAUACCACCUUCUACGAGCGGCUCACCACAAAGACCCUGAACUUGCCAUCUAGGGAGCAAACCAAGCACAGCCUCAAUUUUGUUUUGGUGGCUGAUGAGGCAUUCGCACUUCACAAGAACAUUAUGAAGCCAUAGCCCCAAAGGCACCUGACAAGGAAGAAGUGCAUCUGUAAUUUUAGACUAUCCCGGGCACGCCGAAUUGUAGAGAACACUUUUGGCAUCCUGUCUAGCCACUUCCGCAUAUUCCUAAUGAAUAUCAAUUUGCAGGUGGAGCAGAUAGAUUGGGUGGUGACUGCGUGCUGUGUCCUGCAUAACUAUUUGCACAGAAAAACCACCCAGCAUAGGACACUGUCCAGACCGGCGCCAGGAGACCCAGAUCCAGAACACCCAGAGGAGACUUCACCAUUUCCCUCUGUGGAACCACCUCCACUCCAUUCUAGGGCGAGUCUAUGGGCAAAACAGGUCAGGGACGAGUACCUGGCCUAUUUUAACAGGUUGGGUGCAGUCGAUUGGCAGGAGGACCACAUUUAAGUGUACUGUGUUGGACUGAUGAUGGAACUUGCAAAAACUUAAAAACUUAUUCAAAAAUAUAUACUUACAGAUACAGACAAAGAUAGUUCACCCUCUUCGGGCUCUGGUGUGGCAGUCCAAGGGAGGGAGGUGAAACCUGUCCGGGUAGCCUCCUGGUCCAGGACAAACUCCAGCAUGGGGUAGUACCAGAGCGAGGUCUUGUAAAUCUGGGAUGAACCUGCUCCAGAUCUUUUGGACUGUUCCAUUUUUUUGUGUUCUUUGAGGAACACCGUACGCAGGUUCUGUAUCUUUUUCUUUACCCAGUCCUUGUCAGCACCGGACACAAAGGGCCUGCUGUACUCCACUAGCUCCUCCAAGGCCGCAUUCCGCCGCACUUUAUCCGAAUACCCCUUGGCUUUGAUCUUCCACAGACAUUCAUGGCCACGGUACAUUUCUAGUAGGCCGGUGAUGAAGUCUAUGGGGUAUAUUUACUAAAAUUCGUAAUUUUCAGAAUUUGGUUGAAGAUGAAACACGAAUGACAUCGGCAGUGAUAAUUUGCAACUUUUUGUUUUUUUUUACGCCUCAUUAACUAUGCUGUCGUAUUCUGCAUUGUCGUGUUUUCCGAUGUUGAUGUCAUUCAUAAUGUCUGGCAGUGUUUUACGGGAUUGAUUAGUAAAACACUGCCGGACUUAACACAAUGAAUCCCUGCCGGAUCAGUGUGAUCCGUGCAGGGCUUCAUUGUGUACCUUAAAGAAGUGUGGAAAGUGUUAAAAAUCACACAAAAAAAUUGCGUGAGGUCCCCCCUCCUAAGCAUAACCAGCCUCGGGCUCUUUGAGCCGGUCCUGGUUGUAAGAAUACGGGGCAAAAAUUCACAGGGGUUCCCCCAUAUUUUAACAACCAGCACCGGGUUCUGCACCUGGUCCUGGUGCAAAAAAUAAAUCUGGGGGUCCCCCCCUCCAGCCACCCAAGGGCCAGGGGUGAAGCCCGAGGCUGUCCCCCCCAUCCAAGGGCGGCGGAUGGGAGGCUGAUAGCCGUAGUGUAAAAAAAAAGAAUAUUGUUUAUUGUAGCAGUACUACAAGUUCCAGCAAGCCUCCCCCGCAAGCUGGUACUUGGAGAACCACAAGUACCAGCAUGCGGGGGGAAACGGGCCCGCUGGUACCUGUAGUUCUUCUACAAAAAAAUACCCAAAUAAAAACAGAACACACACCUUGAUAGUAAAAUUUUAUUAAACAUACAUGCACACUUACAUUCAUACAUACUUACCUAUGUUGACACAAAGCAGUCGGUCCUCUUCUCCAGUAGAAUCCAGGGGUACCUGUAAAUAAAAUUAUACUCACAAAUAAUCCGGUGUAGAUCGGUCCUCUUCUUUAAAUUUGUAAUCCAGGGAUUCGGGAAAAUAAAAAAACGGAUUACCCGAACCACGCACUGAAAGGGGAUCCAUGUUUACACAUGGAUCCCCUUUCCCUGACUGUCGGGACCCCCCGUGACUGCUGUCAAAGAGGGUCCCUUCAGCCAACCAGGGAGCGCCACGUCAUGGCACUCUCCUGAUUGGCUGUGCGCGCCUGAGCUAUCAGUCAGGCUGCGCAUUGUAGAUACAAUGUAGCGCAUAGGCGCUCCAUUGUAUCCAAUGGUGGGAACUUUGCGGUCUUCGGUAGACCGCGAGGUUAAGUGGGGCCAACCACAAGAGUCAUUGUCGGAAACGGGGCAAAAACCUGUCAGAUUUGGCCGCGAUUCUGACAAAACAUGUGGAUCCGUGGCUAUUCUGACGAUCCAUGUGUUUUCCGACAAGUCGGAAUUGACAACUUGUCGGAAAAACACCAGCUAAAUUGAAUAGGUUGGAACAGUUUCCUGACCUAAAAAAGUCGGAAGCUGCCGUCUUUCCAACAAGACGGCAGUUCCGAGUACAAUUGAAUAUACCCCUAAGCGCAAAAGAACAAUAACCUAUACUGUAUCUCAGUCAACAUCUAACUUCGAGCAAGUGCAAUGUAAGGCUGGGUUACACCAGGCCGACAUGUCAGUGGACCCACCGUUGCGCCAACCGAGCAGCCGAUCAAGGUAAGUCCAGCUGGACCGGCAUUUGAAUUUGCCCGCCCAGCUGUGACAUCAGCCACCUGCAGCCAGCAAGUGUAUGGGCGGUCAGAGGACCACCCGUAGACACAGCCAGAUGACCCGAUAUAUCUGCAGAUUAUCAGCCAACGGCUGUGCUGCACAGCCGUCACGAUAUGUCUGUGGAUGACGUUAUUCACAGACAUAUCAGGGAACACAUUCGCCAACAGGUUCGAAAUAUAUUGGGUGUUCACUUGAACUUGACUAAGGGGGUCAUUCCGAGUUGAUCGCUCGCUAGCAGUUUUUAGCAGCCAUGCAAACGCAUAGUCGCCGCCCACCGGGGAGUGUAUUUUUACUUUGCAGAAGUGCGUACGCCUGUGCAGCAGAGCGCCUGCAAAAACAUUUUGUGCAAAACAAGACCAGCCCUGGACUUACUCUUCGUGUGCAUUGAUUCUAACGUUAGAGGGUUGGCUUUUGACGUCACACACCCGCCCAGCGUUCGCCCAGCCACGCCUGCGUUUGCCCUGGCACGCCUGCGUUUUUCCAAACACUCCCAGAAAACGGUCAAUUGACACCCAGAAACGUCCCCUUCCUGUCAAUCUUCCUGCGUUGUGCCAUGCGACUAAAAGCUUCGCAAGAACCUGUGCAAAACCACAAAGGACUUUGUACCCGUACGUCGGUGCAUACGCAUGCGCAUAAAUGCCGAUUUUUAGCCUAAUCGCUGCACUGCGAACAACGGCAGCUAUCAAUCAACUCGGAAUGACCCCCUAAAUAUUGCCCUGUGUGUACCUAUCUACAAUCAAAUGCAAACAAAUGUAUGACUGGUUGCUAUAAGUUAUUUAAUUUGAUAUUAUUGUUAUUAAAGUUUAAUGUGCCACAGUGCUGCACAGUGCCAUAUAGUGGGUAAAACACAGCAAAUAUAGGACCUAAUGCAGAGCUAUACAUAAACACACGUUUUCCCCUUUUUCCCCCUUCUACUUGCUCCUUGUGCCUGGAAUGCAAUUUCCAGAAAUAACGCUCUGUGCGUAUUCGAAUCUAUAAUAGGUGCAGUGUCGGACUGGUGCAUGAAGGGCACACCAGGGAAAUGCAAUCACAGGGGCCCACUAAGGGGCAUUGCCAUAUGCUGGAAGGGGUGUGGCCAUAUGACCAGAGACGAGUGGCCAGCCAUUAUAGGCGCGACCUAGCAUAGUAUAUAACGAAAAAGAGCUCUACCUCGCUGCACAUUUCAGGCUGUUGUGUUUGUGCCUGGGUUACACCGGGAGAGAGCAGUAAUCUAUGCGCAUGGGUUAUACUGGGAGAGAACAGUAGUAUAUGCGCUUGGGUUACACUGGGAGAGAACAGUAGUAUACGCGCCUGGGUUACACCUGGAAAGAACAGUAGUAUACGCGCCUGGGUUACACCUGGAAAGAACAGCAGUAUACGCGCCUGGGUUUUACCGGGAGAGAACAGUAGAUACAAAUAACGACCCCAGUAGAGUGCCAAAUACACACAAUGACUCCAUUAGUGUCAGAUACACAGAUGCCCCAAGUAGUGCAGUGCCAGAUACACAGAUGCCCCCAGCAGUGCCAGAGACACAGAUACCCCCAGCAGUGCCAGAUACACAGAUGCCCCAAGCAGUGCCAGAUACA